AUGAGAAACUCUAAACAAAAACGAAAAUACUUGAAAUCGGUUUCUAAAACAUUUUCAACUGAUAGUCAAAAAUUUCAUUCAAUACAUAGCAACAAACAUGUUUCAACACCAGAGGUCUCUACACUACUUAAUAAGCUGCGUCACGAAUCCCAACCAAAAAGCAACCAAAGGUUAACUGAAACGUUGCCGAUGCCUGCGUAUAAGUAUUUAAUGAGAGCUUAUUUAAAUCAAGUUGAAGGUGAACAGAGGGAAAGGUUUGAGAACGAUCUGAGACUCCGUGUUUCAGGUCCGUUACCACCCAGAAGUUGGCGAGGUGCGUGGUACUCUGAAAAUACCAAACUAUCGUCUUCCAAUUUUGAUCUACCAUCACUCGCUACUGCUUGCAUAAAUACAAUAGCCAUAAACAUCAAAAAUUAUAUUUCAUGUCCAUACUUUUCAAAUUUGCCUACACAUCUAAAACAAAAUAUCCUCUCCUCUUUAAGCAUACACAAUCCUCUCACCGAUGAUUUGCUUAAAUUGUUUGCAUCAGAUUCUGAAUAUGAUGAAUUAGAUAUAUCAAAUAGUAGCGUAUCUUUGGAAUGUCUGAAAAGAUCUUUUUGGCAAAUGGUUAAUGAUAAUGAUGAUAUUGUAGACGAUUGGGAAGCCCUUAUGGAUCGCUCUGAAAGCGAUGAUACCGAUUUUUUAUCAUUUCGAUAUUUUAAAUCUUUUGAUUCUUCCUCUAUUUGGGAAAAGCCAGUGAAAGAUUCUAGUUCAUUGUCUACAAAAUAUGUUUCUAAAGUUCCUGAACUUUGUAGAUUAAAUGUUAGUUUUACUUGCAAUAUUCCUAUCAUACCAUUAUCCAAGUUAGUUACUUCAACUAUACCGCUACUUAGCCAUUUAUCCAUCGCUGGUUGUUCUAACCAUGAAAAUGGUCCUCAAGCAUUGAGAAUUUUUAGUACGGGAUUGAUAAAUCUUGUUUUCCUUGAGAUAUCCCAUAAUGACUGGGUAACCGAUCAGGUGGUUUUGCAAUGUAUAAAUUGGGAUAGGGAUCUCAAAUAUUUAAAAAUGCUAGUUGCUGUCUGUUGUUUUUCUUGGAAGGAUGUCGAUGCUUUAAGAAAUAAAUUGUCUCGUGGAAGAGAGAUUGAUAUAAUCACUUUUUUCACUUCCAAGCCAAAAUCCGAAGAGGAUAUGGCCCUGACAAGCCAACCAGAUGCUGAUGAGUUAACAACACCAACCACACCAUUACAACAAGCCCAGACGGAACCUGAUCCAUUGCCACAAGAUUUGCCAGUUCAGGAGCAAGAAGCAUCAACAGAACCAAAAGUUUUAUCUCCCGGCGAUGAGGCCUUAACGCAUAUAUCAGAAAUGAACCAACUCACAAUUCCUUGGCCAGAAGUUAAAGAAAUAAUUAAAGAGAGAUUUGAAAAGGAAACACAAUUGCCAAUCGCAGUAAAUGGCGCAGAUCCAGAACAGAUAGAUAAAGUUAAAGCAGAGAUAGAAGAAUAUAAACAAAAUAUUAACAAAAUGCUCGAUGGGUUUGAGAAACCACCAUUCACUAUUCAAAGAACGGCUGAGUUAUUACUGAGACCUUUUCAACAUCAUAAAACUUUAAUUAAAUGGCUUCGGGCUUUGGAAAAGGUAUUAAUGGUGCAAUCUUCUGUUGAUGAAUUUCCGCCAGUCUCAAAUACCAGUAUGGUAACAGAUAGACUAGAGAUAAUGGAUGUGACUACUUCGCCAAAAUUGGUUCCGAUUACGUUUACCCCUAAAAUAGAGGCUGUGACAAAAGAGGAAGGCAAGGAGACUGAUUAUGAUGCUGAUACCAGUGAAGAAAGUAGUGAAGAAGGUAGCUCAAGUGAGCUUACAAAAUUAGAGGAUGCGGUAGCUGAAGAAAACCAAAACCCUGUAGAGAAUACUGAAAGCACAGAAGCAAAAGAAUCGCCUGUUGUUGCGGAGAUAAGUGAAGGUCAAGAGCCAAUAGCAAUGGACACUUCUGAUUGA